UCCUUUAUUACACAUUUACACUCAACGAUAUUGCGACGACCAAAAUAUCAAUUUAACACCUUUUUUUUUUUUUUUUUUCGGUACCAAUUUUUGAUUCAUUACCAAUUUUUUAUUUUUUAGAGAAUACAAGGACAACAAAGAGAAGCAGAAGAAUAAAAUCUAAAGCAUACAACAUUACAAAAGAACACCGCAAAACUAGAUAAGACAAAGGAUGGUGCAAUCGUUGGAGGAGGAGGAAUCUCAAUUCAAUCGGUUUUGCCGUGAGUUUUCUGCACCCGAGAGACAGCCCUCAAAUACUCUGACGAUGCAGGCCUACAGCUUUUCCGAACGCAAAGAUCAUCUUUCACUUGCACGGACAAGCCAAAUUGGAAGAAUUCACACCAACAAGAGCCCCCUACUCAGAGAAACACACUUCCAAAUUGUAAAUCACUGGCAGUAAAGAAACUCUGAACUGCAAAAGUAGAACCUUGAUCGAGGGAGAACCAGCUUCGUUACAGCCUAUGCGCUGAUAACUUUAAACCUACAUCAGACCCGCCACAACGAUUAGACAGCCGCAGCUUCGCUGGAAAAGAUCUAAGCCAUCGCCAUUGGUCUCAGAACGAAGAAAACGUCCGAGUUACAUCGGACCCGCCACAACGGUGACAUCGCAGCUUCGCCGGAAAACAAGGCACCGCCAGCCGCACCACCAGCCGACGUGGUUAACCGCUGGACCACCGGAACACUCUUGCGUUGAGCGAAGGGAGAAACAACACCUGGACAGAGAAACGAAGACCACCACUAGAAAAGCACUGCCUAGGAACAGGAACAAAAAUCGAAGUCGGAGAAGAGGCGAAUGCAAAUUCACCAACGCCGGCAGAUCUCUGAACUCCACCAGCUACGAUCAGAGGAGAUCCAUCUCCGAGCAAAAAACAGAGAGGAUCUAACUGCCACGAACCAAACCGAGCAACACACCCGACACAAGCUUGACCAUCGGGAAGAGCCUUCACUCAGACGUAAUCGCAGUCUUCAAACAAUCAGAGGAAUGAGGAAAGCCGCCGCCGGUUUGACCUCAGAUCUAGCCUCCGACCCGAAGAAAAUAGUUCAGAUCCACCGCAAGUACUAAGGGAAAAUUGCUGGAGAUGAUAAGAGCCAAACAAAGCAGACAACGGGAGCCCUCUCAUGGCACCGGCUAGGAGCACCGGUGACCGGAGAGGCAAACGAGAAUCAGAUCUAGGGUUCCUGCAAGUCUCCUUCGACUUGAGAGAAAAAAGAGGUAAUUACGGAGGUCACUUGAAAUGUGAUGCUUGUGACGAUCAGUCGUAUAGCAGUGGCAUCCACUGCUCUGACUGCGAGUUUACUGUUCACGACAAAUGUGUCUUUGUGUUCAGUACACCGGAGACAUUUGACAACCGUUCUCAUGCUGGACAUUGCCUUAAGCUUCUCACAACAGGAGCUCCUGAUCACACCGAUCCCAAAUGUCACAUAUGCGGUAAAAACACUAAGCGUCUCCUUUAUCAUUGUUCCAUAUGUAAACUCAGUUUGGACAUUGAUUGCAUGGUUGAUGACAUGUGUGCCCGAGCACAUCUGAACCUACCGUGGCACCCUCAUCCUAUACUCAUGCUUGACUUUAAUUGUAAGAUGCUAUGCAAAGUUUGUGGUCAUGCAGAUGGAUAUGGCUACUUUUGCCCCAGUUGUAAGUUGAUGGUUCAUGAUAAAUGCGUCUCCGUGUUUGACUCGCCAGAGAUCACUCAUCCUUUUCAUGCUAGACACUCUCUUAAGCUUCUCACAGAAGGAGCGCCGGACUACACAGAUGCAGAAUGUCAUGUGUGUGGAAGAGAUACUGAAAACUUUCUUUAUCAUUGUGAUAUUUGUAAGUUCAACUUGGAUAUGGUUUGUGUUGUUGAGUACCACCAGCGACAUACAGUCACACCGGUUGUUCUUUCGAAUCUGAAGGUUCAUGCGCAUACACUCACACUCAUCCCAAGAUUGAUCUACUUCGUUUGUGAUGUUUGUGGGACGGAAGGAGACCGUUCUCCUUAUGUUUCUCUUGAAUCUGAUCUCAUGUUCUUCCAUCAAGAUUGUGCUUCUUCUCCACGUGUUAUUCACGUCAAUCGACACGAGCACCGAGUUUCUUACACGUAUCCUCUUGGUCCUGGAGAGUGGAACUGUGAAAUUUGUUUGGAAGAGAUUGAUUGGUCAUAUGGGGCUUAUACAUGUUCCCUUUGUCCUAAUUAUGCUCUUCAUUCAAGAUGUGCAACAAGGAACGACGUGUGGGAUAGGGAAGAGCUCGAUGGAGUACGUGAAGAAGUUGAAGAUUCUGAGCCAUUCAAGAUGAAUAAUGACAACACAAUCACUCAUUUCACUCAUGAACACAACAUGAGUCUCAACAGAGACGGUAUUGCUUUGGUGGAAAGCAUAUUGUGCGAAGCAUGUGUUUGUCCCAUCUCUUCUAACACAUUCUACAGCUGUUUAGAUUGCAGUUUCAUUCUCCACGAAACGUGCGCCAAUUUUCCAAAGACGAAGCGGCAUUUUCUUAGCCCAAGACCUCUCACUCUUCAUCUCAAUAGAGAUAACACCGAAACAACAUGCAUGGCUUGUCUCCAGCUUUGUUGCAAAGGAUUCAUGUAUACUGAUGGUGGUGAGAGCUUUGAUUUACUGUGCUGUUCUAUUACAGUGCCUUUUAUCCAUGGGAGUCAUCCCCAUCCUUUACUAUACCUGGACGUAGGUGAAUAUGAUGAUGACAUGAAGACAUGCCAUAAUUGUAGCAACAUGAUAAGAGAGUUUGCUCUAGGUUGUAUCAAAUGCGAUUACUUUUUGGAUUUUCGUUGCGCCACUCUACCAUCAAAGGUAGGACUUCCCAAGUAUGAUGAUCAUCCACUCACUCUUUGUUAUGGUGAAAAAGCAAGCGGCAAGUAUUGGUGUGAUAUUUGCGAAAGAGAAACAAAUCCAGAGACUUGGUUCUACACUUGUAACGGUUGCGUAGUCACUUUGCAUAUUUUCUGUGUACUUGGGAAUGUCAGGUACGCCAAACCAGGAGGAAAGAUCGAAAAAAACAUUGCAUUGGUGUUUAACAAGAGAUCCACAAGACCAAUUUGCAACAACUGUCAUUGUCGUUGCGUGGCUCCAUUCUUUAUUAUUAAGGAGAGCGUAUUGUUUUGUUCUUACUAUUGCUUGCUACGUACUCAAUUGAGAGCAUCCUACAUUAGUCAGAUUGUAAGAUGUCCUCCAUGGGUAGAUAGAUUUGGUGAAGAGACAGAUCCUGUAAGCUGAAAGCUGGAAGGGUCUUGCUAAUUUGGCAAAAUAAGUGGAUUAAAACACUUUGACUUUGUUUCUUAA